UACGAUUGUUUUUUGGAGAUGCGAUCCACAAUAAAUAUCGGCCUGGUGCCGAUCGUUCUGGCUUGCUUAUCCGCAGUUAUAGCGGUGAAGGGAUCAUGUACGUCGGACAACUGUACCAGGACAAUAUACACCUGGGAAGGUGGUCGCAUCGUCUGGCCAUGUCCUACAACGAAGAGGCUCAUUACCAGCACCGGCAAGUACACGCCACGUGACUUGAUCGCGAUGCGUUGUCAACGUUCCGGCUCACACACGCUGUGUUGUUUCCCGCGCUACAAAAGCAGUAAUCCGAUCACGCUGAGCAAGGUGUACGCCACCAAGAAGGGUUGUGACGUUAAGUUCGAACCGUUCCCAUGCUGGAAUGAACAGGAGGAAGGUAACUGCAAUGCGCUGCAAUCCGCCAUCGACCUGUACAGUGACGGAGACUAUGUUUGGGUGUUGGACAAUGGUGUGACGCAAUCGCUCCGUGCACCAUUGCAACGUUGCCCACCGAAGGUUGUGGUGUACUGUAGCAAAACGGGCAAGAAGCUGAAAACGAUCAACCUAGCACGGUUUGUGACAGAGAAGUCGCGCCUCCAGUACAUCCAGGUGGAAUGCAUCAAGGGUGGUCGGUGUUAUGUGUACGUAAGCGAUCCGGGCAACAAUGCGAUUAUUGUAUAUGACGUGUACAGUGGCCGUGGAUAUCGAGUGAUUCUGCCGAAGGCCGUCCACAUGGGCUGUCGGUAUCGGGAUAUGUUGUACAUCUUCCUAUCGAAACACAAGGACGGCAUGCGGCUAUACUUCACCUAUCUUGGUGGCCAUCGACUGUUUGCGAUUAAGACGGAGCAUCUGCGCAAGGGACAUGGUGGCAACAUCAUAGACGUUGGCGAAAAACCACACGUACCCAUCUUCCUCGGAACGGACGGAGGCCAUGGAGUAUUCUUCCGGGAGGAAGGUGAAUCGAACAUCUACUAUUGGAACACCAAUAGCUGCUACAAAAAGUCCAACUUCAAGCUGGUAUACAAGAGCGUGUUGGGGUUGUACGCCACACAUGUGUUCCCCGAUCUCAAACUUAACCGUCUGCUAGUGCUGGAAAAUGAUUUCCCUAGCUACGUAAAGGAUCAUGCUGGUUGUGGUACGCUGCAUCAGAUUUCCAUCCUCGAUGGAAGCUGCAAGUGUCACGGAGGCGUCUAAACACCGUGUAUCAUUUAACAUUACAACGGAUGUAAUUUAUUAGUCAGCGCGCGUCAAACAUGCAUGUCUACAUGCGCACAUGUGAUAUACAGAAAGCUGGUAGAGAAUAAUGCAAACCGGAAACCAGGCCAAACCGUAGCGUAACAGAUGCCAAUACAAGACUCCGAAAGCUACCAGGAAAAUAUUAGUAAUAAAGAGAUACAACUAUAUUAUCAUAAUCAUA